GUUUAAUCAAACACAAACAUGUCACUUUAAUAUGAUUAACAAUAUCGAAGGUCUUAUGAAAACAGUGGUUAUUAAAGCACAAAAUAAUUUUGAGAAGUGAUAAUGGAACAUCAGAUGUUGUGGUCAGAGUUUUUGACUUCCUCCGCUCGAUGUGGAAGGUUUUUUGUCUUCCUGUGUUUUCUUCAGAGCUGCAGUAUUCAUCUUAAUGUUGUGUAGAGGGAAGUAGAAUCAUUCUGAAGUGUUUUAAUCUCGACAACAUGAAGAUCAUUCAGCUUCAGCUCUAUGUAUUAAUCUGUUGUCGAGCUGCAGUCUCAGAUCAACUCACUGAUUUGGGAUCAAAUGUGACCAUAAACUGUGAUCUUGAUGAAAAUGAGGUUUAUUGGAUUUUACUGAAAACACCAGAUCCUCCAACAGUGAUUCUACGGUCAAUGUCAACCACAUCAGCACCUUAUUACUUUAUUAAAACAUUCAGAAAGAAAUAUUCACUGCAAUUUAAACACCGUUUGGUUAUUAAUAAUGUGACCGCUGAUGAAUUAGGAGUUUAUUACUGUAUGAACACACGCACACCUCCAAAACUCAGCAACAGCACCAGACUGCACUUCAACACGGUGGAGUUUAUUGAUCAGAAUCAGAAACAAUGUCAGAUUAUUAUCAUCAUAUCUGGACUGAUGAACGGGCUUCUGCUCAUUGUGCUGAUCGGACUAUUAAAGGUUUUUGUUGUUGGAAACAGAAGGUCUGCAGAACGAUCACAACUCCACACUGAUCUACAGCAGACGCGAGUUACAGAAGAGCAUCAGGACCAGUUACAGUACGCUGAGGUGGAUUUUUCCAAGCUGCGAAGAAAUAUUUGCUCUAGCCAAAUCAACAGCACAUAUGCAGCUCUGAACCUGCCGAAGUCAUGAACACACGCGUAUGACUGAUCUACAUCACAAGCUAAAAAUGCGAG